UUUAAUAAUCCAAUCUCUUACCAAACUAAUCGAACUACACAAGUCUCUCUCUCUCUCUCUCUCUCGCUCUUUCUCUCUAGCAUCAACUAUGCAAAAAGCAAUAAGACCAUACGAGUCAUCAUCGUGGAUGACGACUGUGCCGGGAAAUAGCAUUUUCCGUCCAAAGAAUGAAGAUAAACCAUCAUCAUCAACAUCAUUAUCAUGGCUAACAUCACCAAAGCCAAAGCCAACAUCUAUAAACACUAAGAGAUCAAGCAACCACCUAGUGGUGAUGGAGAAUGCUGUGGUGGUAUUUGCGAGGAGAGGGUGUUGUAUGGGACACGUGGCGAAACGGCUGCUACUGACACAUGGUGUGAACCCCUUGGUGGUUGAAAUUGGUGAAGACGAAGACAACAAGUACGACAACAUCUUAAGUGAUAAAGAGAAAUUACCAGUGAUGUACAUAGGAGGGAAGCUGUUUGGAGGGUUGGAAAAUCUGAUGGCUGCUCAUAUUAACGGUGAUUUAGUGCCUAGUCUUAGACAAGCUGGGGCUUUAUGGCUUUGAUUUUGAAUCCUAAUCAUAUUUUAUUUAA